UAUGACUGAGUGAAUGAGUGAGCACUGGGCAGGUCAGGGACUACGUAGACAAUUCACAGUAGACAUUUACUAGAAACACGCACAGAGACUCUGACAGUUCACGCGAAUGUCAUUUUCAUCCUCUGUGCUUCUGCAGUUAAGGCAGUCGACAUUAGAAGUGAGCUGUUCUCUCUCCACCCCCUCUUCUGUUGCUCGGUGCAGAAACAGAGGCACUAUCUCAGAGGGCUGCUGGUUGUUAGCUACCAGGUUAGCUGCUCGCCCGCUUCCCCUGCGGCCUGGCUGGAGAUGAGUGGAAGAUGUCCGUGUCGGGGCUCAAGGCCGAAUUAAAGUUCUUGGAGUCAAUUUUUGACCCGAAUCACGAGCGUUUCAGAAUUAUAGACUGGAAACCCGACGAGCUUAGCUGUCAGUUUAAUGUGACUGGUGAAAAGCUACUGAUCAUCCACUGCAAUAUUACGGAGGCUUACCCUUCAACUCCUCCUUUAUGGUUUGUGGAGUCAGAUGAUCCAAGCCUGACUGAGGUAUUUGAGCGCCUGGAGGAUGUUCGGAAAGGCAGUACCUUGCUCCUCCAGCAGUUGAAAAGACUUAUCUGUGAUCUUUGUCGACUGUACAACCUGCCCCAGCACCCUGACGUGGAGAUGCUGGACCAGCCUCUUCCUGCUGGACCUAUCAGUCAUGAGAGAAAGCAUGUAACAACAGAUGAAGUAACAUCUGAUGAAGAGGAGGAGGAAGAAAUGACAGAGCAGGACAUCGAAGAUCUUGACCACUAUGAGAUGAAAGAGGAGGAACCUGUAGAUGGCAAGAAGUCAGAAGAUGAUGGGAUAGAAAAGGAGAACCUUGCUAUACUAGAAAAAAUCCGCAAGAACCAGAGGCAGGACCACUUGAACGGUGCAGUGUCUGGCUCUGUUCAGGCGUCGGACCGUCUUAUGAAGGAACUCAGGGAGAUCUAUAGAUCACAGAGUUACAAGACAGGUAUCUAUUCAGUGGAGCUAGUCAAUGACAGUCUUUAUGAAUGGCAUGUCAAGUUGAGGACGGUAGAUCCAGAUAGUCCAUUACAUAGUGACUUGCAGGUCUUGAAAGAAAAAGAAGGUGUCGACUAUAUUCUGCUCAACUUCUCUUAUAAAGAUAACUUUCCUUUUGACCCGCCAUUUGUACGAGUAGUGUCUCCUGUACUCUCUGGAGGUUAUGUUCUUGGAGGAGGGGCCUUGUGUAUGGAACUACUAACAAAACAGGGCUGGAGCAGUGCCUAUUCCAUAGAGUCUGUCAUUAUGCAAAUCAAUGCCACCCUAGUCAAAGGGAAAGCUAGAGUACAGUUCGGAGCUAAUAAGAACCAGUAUAAUCUUGCCAGAGCACAACAGUCAUAUAAGUCUUUGGUCCAGAUCCAUGAAAAGAAUGGCUGGUACACACCUCCUAAAGAAGAUGGUUAAGAAGAAGAAGACAAAUGUUACUGAACACUGGGAAUAUGGGAUUUGUGAUAAACUAUUUGCAUUUUAAUUGUUCUAAAAUCCCUCAAAAUGUUUCCUAUUCAGCUGGAGUGUGAGGUCUCACUGGUCUGUUCCCCUUAUUUCACUCUGUCUCCUUCUGUCUGUCCCCGUUUCUUGCUGUUAUUAGUGUCUGCUCUCAUCUCAUGUUUUCUCCAAUUCGCUACUGGGAAAGGAGAGAUGUGUGAGAGGCACACAGCUGCGGUACUAAUGCGUGUCUUACACAGAGCAAUUAGAGGCCACCAGAUUCUUGUUGUUGUUUUGUCUGGAGCAAAGCAUGACUUUGUUGGAUUAACACCUGAAUGGAAAUAACGUGUGUGAAGUUUCUGGAUUUUAUUCCCAUGCUCUUCUUUUAAUGUAAGUUAUUAUGGCUAUCAUGUCAGAUUUUGGCAGGGGUUUAUUGAACUUCAGACAGAAAUGGAUGCAAUAAGAGACAGUGAAGCUUUUCCACCUCUCUUCUACCUGCUGGCGCUGCUCUCUUCUUUAUCUUUCGUGUUCUGUGUUAACAUGUGCUGGUACAUUUAAUACUGAUAUAGUUUUUUUUCUUUCAUUCUUUCCCUUUUUUUUUUUUUUUUUUUAAAAAGUGAGAUUAAGGUAAAGUAUGGGACUUAGUCCAGUUCUCAACUUUGUUAACUGUGGAUGAAUACCACUCGGUGUCCUGUUUCCGGCUCUUAGCCUGUGGUUAACCUGAGUGGUAUUUCACAAACACAGGCCUUAGAACAGGCAAAUAAGAAAAUGUCAUUGUUCUACGGUUGGACAGAAACCUGCUUGUGUACUCCUAAAUGGAUAUGUGGUGCAGGUCCUUUUUAAUGUGCUGUUGAUGUGAAGUCUUGGACUAUGCCACAAUAUCCAGUUAAGACCUUGAUCAUAAUAUUUAAUUGGAUGUCUUGAGGAUAUUGAAAAUGAAGAGCACCUAAACCUAUGUUUAUUCAGGGGUUUUGAAACAUUCAUCUUCUAAUUCUGAAGGUGACAAGUUAUCAUUCCUUUAUUUGUUUUUCAAGGUCAUUUAAUGCUGAUAAUAAUUCACCAGUUCAUAUUUCUGUAUUAGUUUUUUUUUUUCUUCCUAUUCAGACACAAUCAGGACAUACUAUGAAACAGUCACUGAUGAGAAGGAAUCAUUGUCUUUAUGCUUUUUUUCCCCACAUAGUGCUGCUUUAACAUGGUAAUUUUGCAUUUUAUUUUGCCAUUAUCCAGAAAACCUUCAGGAAGUCUGUUAGACUGAUAUUAUUACUGUGGUUAAUACGAUAAAACCAAUGGGUUUAGUGUUUUUCAUGCCAAAAAACUUUGUAUUUUUAGCACUAUCUACACAUAAGCUGGUUUAAUUGAAAGCGUAUCAUUUCUACAGAUUUUACAACCAGGCAUUACAUGUUAGCUUACACUAAUGAAGAAUAAGUCUCUCUGUUAGUUGUGUUUUGUUUUUAACCAAAGCACUCAUCACUUUUCAGCAUGUUUUGUGGUCAAAGUAUAGCGUCUGUUAAGAGGAGAUAAUAGCAAGAAUCAUGGCUUGAUUAUGGUUAUUUGUUAUAGUUUCUUUCCCAACUUCAUCACAUCUUCUAGAAUGAUCAUUUCUGUCUUAGGAAAGGGCCCAGAAUAUAACUGCUUGGCUCUUUUUUGCACAGAGUAUUAAAAAUGUGCCUCAUAAAUAACCAUAAAGGAAUGGAGUCAUGUCCAGACUCUAAGCCAGUCACGAAUACAGAAAAGCCAUAUGUAACACUGGCUUGCAGAUCCAUAAAUCUGUGACAUAAAAGCAACCUGUCAUAUGUAAAUGUAGGUCAACAGAAGUAUUAGGUAAGGUGUCUUGAAGCAUAUGAUGGUGAUUGCACUCUAAGAGUAGCACAGCUAAGCACCAUUCAUUCUUUAAAUUGAUGCUGUUCUCCAGGUUUUAGUCUUCACCGCAGGUUAGUCAUUCUCUGUCAACCCAUGCUUGCUGUUUGAUUUUUAAUUAAGUUUAGAAUUUAACACAUCUGCACCUCUUAAUCAGGAUGUGCCUGGUUUCAUGUAGUCUUCUGUUAGUAACAUUAUGUCCAUUGUGCUCCCAAGUAUGAUUGGAUCACAAUAACUUAUUUUUCUGAAAUACUGACCUCAGCUUAACUAAUGAUGGUGUUCUUUUUGGUGCCAUCUCAUGGUGGAAUCAUUCUUAUGGCAUGCGUUCAGGUUGUUCUUUUCCAUUGCAAGAGAACUUUGAUCAUGUACAGUAAAUUUUGUAAACUUGCAUCAAGUUUAUGAAUAAAGAGUUUUACAAGG